AUGGAGGGUGAACCAAGCACUGAGGAACCUCAAGCCGGGCCAUCCUCAAGCACAUCGUCCAGGCCCUCACCCUCCGAUGACGAAGGAGAGCACGAUCUGCUCUCCGACGUCAGUCCUAGGGGACCAGUGCAGCUUCCACCAUCGCCAAUGCCAUCGGAUGACAGCAGUGCUCUCACGAGUGUCCACUACACUGCUGCCCGUGAUUCGGAUUCUGGAACCUCCGGACGAUCAAACCCUGCUCCCGCCAUCCCCGACCCUUCACCUUCUCAUGUCUGUUCACCUGUCUCUGUGAAUGCCACUGUGACAUGGGAACUGGCCCCUGCUCUGUGGCAGUUCGACGUUCUGCUGGCUCCAUUCCAGUUUGACCUAGAUCUUCAGCCGCUGUCCCUUAACGACACAUUGCUGCGCAUGCAAUGGGAUGAUGCAAACAAAUUGACAGGUGCAUUCAACUUGACAUUUUCCGCACAUGCAGCGGUGCCAUUUUCACUAGACAGCAGCUCUGAGACGUCACUGGGAGUUCCUCUUCGUGCAUCAUCAUCCAACAUGCACACCAGCUCUCCGUCUCCAUCCGUGUCUGUUCUAUCUGCGCGGUCUCCAUCUGCGCUCUCUCCAUCGGCGCUCUCUCCACAUGUGCCCUCACCACCCACACCCUCUCCAUCUGUGCCCUCAUUGCCUGCCCCCUCUCAUUCCAUGCCCUCUCCAUUAAUCCCAUCUCGUUCUGCACCUUCACUUACACUCACCCCAUCUGGACCCUCCAUGCCCAUAUCCUCUGUGUGUGCACCUUCCACCUCCAUGCCAUCUCUGCCUAGAUCUUCAGCCUCCGGUGUCCCUGCUCCAUCGGUCCUGGUUUGCCCAGAGCCAGUGGAUGUGUCCUUGUCUGCACUUACAAGUGUGAGUUCUUCAACCUGUGGAUGCUGCCGAGUGCCUCAAAAGCAACAUGUUCAUGAGAUUCCUGUGGCGAUGGAGGCUUCGCCUGCAGCUUCUGAGGGUCCAUCAGCUACAAGAUCAAGUCACCCAGCCCGGACACGUGUUGCACCGAAACAGGCCGAUGUCUAUUGGUCACGUAGUGGGAAGCAGCAACCGAUUGUCGCCACGGGACAGGACACUGAGGUACCAGCUCGCGGAGGGAAGAGGUCUGCAGGUAGGCAAUGCAGGUAG